ACAUGAAGUAUAGAAGCUAGGUAGACACAGGAACCAAUGGAGAACACUACUUUGAGUGGAAGUAGGAGUAACCUGGCUGGUGACGAGGAGGAGGAGACAUGGUUACAUGCAUGGGGCCUCAUCACCAGCUUUGCUGUGUCCAUGACCCUGAAAGCAGCCAUCGAGCUGGGCCUCUUCGACGCGCUCAGCAACGCUGGCGGUCGGGCGCUUACAGCGGACGAACUGGCCGCAGGGCUUCCAGCUGUAGACAAGACCGACGGGGUGGCUUCGGUGGACCGUAUCCUGCGGCUGCUUGCCUCAUUCGAUGUCGUGAGGUGCUUGACGGAGACGGGUGCGCACGGUGAGACGAUCCGGCAGUACACGCCGGCGCCAGUGUGUCGGUGGCUCGCCAUCAAUCACGGCGGGUCGUCGCUGGCACCGUACGCUAUGUUCACCACGGACCAGGACUGCUUGACGGCCUGGCAGCAGCUCGGGGCGGCAGUGGAAGGCGGGCAAACAGCGUUUGGGAGGACGCACGGGGUCACCAUGGUGGAGCACUUCGGGAGGACACCUCGGCUAAGUGGGGUGUUCGACAAGGCCAUGGUGCAGAUCUCAGCGAUGGUUACCAGCAAGCUGCUCGAGCGUUUCCAUGGAUUCGACGACAUCAGUGUGCUCGUCGACGUUGGUGGCGGGACAGGUGCCACCCUGAAGAUGGUCACCUCCACGUACAAGCAUAUCAGAGGCAUCAACUUUGACCUUCCUUACGCUAUCUCCCUAGCGCCGUCUAUUCCAGGUGUGGAACAUAUAGCUGGAAAUAUGUUCGACUACGUUCCCUCUGGGGAUGCAGUUCUUUUAAAGACAGUACUCCAUAUUCUGGAUGACAAUGACUGCAUCAGGCUUCUAAAAAACUGUCACGGAGCUCUCUCAGACAAGGGACGGCUGAUUGCCGUUGAGUUUGUUUUGCCGGGUACCCCAGAGGUGACACGAGCAGCACAAAAUCUCUUCAUUCUAGACGUGAUGAUGUUAAACAACUCCGAGGGAGGAAAGGAGAGAACUGAGGAGGAGUUUCUCAAGCUGGCUAGGCAGUCAGGUUUCAGCGGAACUUUCCAGUCAACCUACAUUUUCGGGAACUUUUGGGCUCUCGAGUUUACAAAGUAGUAAGCAUGAACGUCCAUGGCUACGUUGAUAACUAUUGGUAAUGUAUGCGAGUUUUUAUUUUUUGAAUGUGUAAUGUAUGUGAGUUUAUACCUUGUACUCCCUCCGUUCCUAAAUAUAAGUCUUUUCAGAGGUUUCAUUAAAA